CCCUCAGGAUUGAGGAAUCUUCCCUCCUUCCUGAAACCUGCUCCUGCUGCAACUUUUAAUCAAUAACCCAGAGAUUACCAAUUCAACACACUCGCACACCGACUUCAACAUAUUCUCUCCUCCUUCACAAAGCACACGAGCAGGGCGAGAUAUCGAAAACCUUGUAAGAGCCUCGUAUAGCUGCUAAAAAAGGGUUCAUUACCAAAAAAACUGAAAUGAGAACAAUUAGAGCUUUGAGGAUACUAACCUCAUCACUGUCCUCAAAUUCCCAGAAAACCCUUUUCAAUUCACCUUUUUUGCAGCGGUUUUAUGCGGUAGGAACUCAACCAGAUCAUCUCCCCACAAGCAGUACAGAGGAGGAAGAUGAUACUACCUCGUCAUCAUCAGUGUUUGAUAGCUCAGAAUACGACAUGGGUUUUAGUUUAAACGGUGAUUCAGAGGCUGGGAAGAUUAAGAAUCCUACAUGGGAUGAGAAGUAUAGGGAUAGAGUGAAAAGCGAAGUUUUUAAAGAAGAGAUAAAAAGUUCAAGAAUCGUGAAGAAAAGUGAGGAGAAAAAGAAAAAUGCUGCUGUGCUUGCAAUGUCGCUUCUGGAUGCCGCUAUUAGGUGGCAGGAUAAGGAAGAUGAGGACGACGACGAAAAUAAGGAGGUGACGGUGGAGGAUCAGAAGUCUUUGGCUGUUGGAAUCAUAGGGGCUCCUAAUGCUGGGAAGUCUGCUCUUACUAACUUCAUGGUUGGGACAAAGGUUGCUGCAGUUUCAAGGAAGAUGAAUACAACGACGCAUGAAGUGCUGGGAGUAAUGACUAAAGGACAUACACAAAUAUGCUUUUUUGAUACUCCUGGGCUUAUGUUAAAGAAAAGUGGUUUCCCAUACAAUGAUAUGAAGGUUCGCAUGGAAAGUGCUUGGAGUUCAGUUGGUUUAUUUGAUGUGCUGGUAAUCAUAUUUGAUGUCGAUAGACAUCUUAAAAGGCCUGACUCGAGAGUAAUAAGAUUGAUACAACGAAUGGGUUCUCAAGUUAAUCCAAAUCAGAAGCGUGUUUUGUGCAUGAAUAAGAUAGACUUGGUUGAGAAAAAGAAAGACUUAUUGAAGGUUGCAGAAGAAUUUAAGGAUCUUCCUGGAUAUGAAAGGUACUUUAUGAUCUCUGGACUAAAGGGAUCAGGAGUGAAGCAACUGACUCAAUAUUUGAUGGAGCAGGCGGUCAAAAGACCAUGGGAUGAAGAUCCAUUCACUCUUACAGAAGAAGUGAUGAAGAACAUUUCACUAGAAGUGGUACGGGAGAAAUUGUUGGAUCAUGUACAUCAGGAAAUCCCAUACAACAUCGAACAUCGGUUGGUAGAUUGGAAGGAGUUGAGAGAUGGUUCUCUGAGGAUUGAGCAACAUUUUAUCACUCCCAAAAUGAGUCAACGCAAAAUUCUUGUGGGAAAGAAAGGUUCCAAAAUAGGACGAAUAGGCCUUGAAGCGAAUGAGGAGUUAAGAUCCAUAUUCAAGAGAAACGUCCAUCUCAUCCUUAUGGUGAGACUUAAAUCAUGAGAUCAAACAACAAAUAAUAAUCAAGGCUAAAGAGUAUAUAUCUUUGGAGCCUGGUGGGUUCCAUAACUGAAGAGGCGCGCAAAUUAGAUUGCUUGACUCAUCACAGCAAGAACAUAAUUAUAUUGCUGGAGUGCUAUGAGGUGAUGCCAAUCAGGUUUCCCUUGGGUGUGGUGAAUGGUUACAAAGCUUUGAGGAACCCACCUUUCAAGCAUUACGUGCAUAUAUUCAAAGAGAGGUUCUCUCUUUCCCUGGCCCAGUGAGCCUGUUAUAUUUGGAGAUCAGCAAGCCUUGCUGCGCUGAUACCCUUUCUUUUUUGGCCAGUGUCGUGAUUAUGUGAGAAACACUUGAAGCAUCCCCUGCUAUUGGCUUCUUUUUGCUGAUGGUUUUCUCUCUUGAAGUUCCAUGUUAGUUUUGUUUCAGCAGGAAUUUUCUUUUUCAGGCAGCUGGUGUUUUUUUUUUUUUUUUUUUACAUAAUAUCCUAUACUUAGAUUAUUUGACUUAUUGUCACACAAAUGUACAAAACCAGCCAAAGCUAUGAUGAUGUGCUACUGAAUUCUUUUCUCAUUAAAAUGAUAUAAUUCU